AUGUCCUCCUGGGAACCCUCCCCCGACUCGCUGCAGCAGCUUGCUGCAUGCCUCAAAGACUCCCUCAGCGGUUUCAACAAGACUGCUCAGAAGCAGGCUGACUUGAUGCUUCAACAAGCCAAGAACUCGCCUGAUAUCAACAGCUAUCUCGCAUACCUCUUCUCGAGCUCCUCACCUCCCAAUGGCCUCCAAUUCUCAGAGCAAGACUUCCACCUGGUGCGAUCCGCCGCUGGAAUCAUGCUGAAGAAUAAUGUUCGAAGCGAAUGGAAGACCAUCCCCGAGUCCAACCUUCAGCUCAUCAAGCUCGCAGUGCCCAUGUGUCUGCAAGACAAGAACUCCCAAAUUCGCAAUUUCGCUGGAAAUAUUGCGACCGAGAUCGUUCGACGUGGAGGCUUGCUCUCUUGGCCUGAGUUGCUGCCCCAGCUCCUCGACUUGGUUAACAACACCUCUGGGCAGACCUCCAACGAGGCGCAGGAGGGUGCCAUGUCAGCUUUGGCCAAGAUCUGUGAGGAUAACCACCGGCAGUUGAUCAAAGAGGUCAAUGGUCAGCGGCCUCUUAACCACGUUCUUCCUCAAUUUAUUGCCGCCACCAAGAGUGCAUUGCCCAAAGUCAGAGCCGGUGCUCUGACAGCUAUUAAUGUAUUCACACCUCUAGAAUCCCAGGCCAUGCUCAACUCCAUCGAUGACCUUCUUCAGCACCUGUUCAUCCUAGCCAACGAUAGCAAUGUCGAUGUCCGACGACAAGUGUGUCGCGCCUUCGUCCAUCUCGUUGAGACUCGACCUGAUAAGCUUCAGCCACACAUCGGCGGGCUUGUCGAUUACAUCAUAACUCAGCAGAAAGGCGACGACGAGGAGCUUGCAUGUGAAGCUGCCGAGUUCUGGCUGGCCGUGGGCGAGCAUGAUAAUCUAUGGAGGGCACUAGAGCCUUACAUUAACCAGAUUAUUCCCGUCCUUCUUCAAUGUAUGGUAUACAGUGGUGAGGAUAUUGCUCUCCUUGGAGGUGCUUCAGACGAUGAGGAAGAGGAGGACCGCGAGGAAGACAUCCGCCCUGCCUUUGCCAAGAAAGCUCUCGCACGAAAGGCCAAUGGCGGGGUUACCGAGUCUUCCGAUCAACAGAACGGCAAUUUCGAGAAGCUUGCUGGCAUGGAAGAGGAUGUCGAGGAGGGAGAGAUUGACGACUACGAUGACGGUGAUGACGCCAACCCCGAUGAAAGAUGGACCAUCCGCAAGUGCUCAGCUGCCGCCCUCGACGUCUUCGCCCGCGAUUUCCAAGCUCCUGUCUUCGAGGCCAUCUUCCCUUAUCUGUCACAGCACCUCAGGCACGACGAGUGGCCUAACCGAGAAGCCGCUGUUUUGGCCCUGGGUGCCGUGGCUGACGGAUGUAUGGACGUUGUUGUCCCUCACCUGCCUGAACUUGUGCCCUACCUGAUCUCUUUGCUCGAGGAUCCAGAGCCUGUUGUAAGACAAAUCACUUGUUGGACUCUCGGUCGGUAUUCCUCCUGGGCUGCCAACUUAGAAGAUACGGACAAGGACCAGUUCUUCCUCCCUCUGAUGGAUGGUAUCCUCCGUCAUAUGUUGGAUAAGAACAAGAAGGUUCAGGAAGCAGCCGCAUCGGCUUUUGCUAAUCUCGAAGAUAAGUCCGGAAAGAUUCUCGAGCCUUACUGUGGUCCAAUUAUCCAGCAGUUUGUUCACUGCUUUGCCAAGUACAAGGAUCGCAACAUGUACAUUCUCUACGACUGUGUGCAGACCUUGGCGGAGCAUAUUGGGCCUGUCCUAGCCGCUCCUGAACUGUCGGGCAAGCUCAUGCCUGCAUUGAUCGACCGAUAUAACCGCGUGUCGGACCAGUCACGGGAGUUGUUCCCUCUACUAGAGUGCCUCUCUUAUGUAGCGAUGGCACUCGGUGAUGCGUUCGCCACCUACGCUGAGCCCAUUUUCGUGCGAUGCGUCAACAUUAUUCAUGUGAAUCUGGAGCAAACUCUAGCCGCUGCCGGUAACCCGGCCCUAGACCAACCUGAGAAGGAUUUCCUUGUGACAAGUUUGGACCUUCUCAGUGCCAUCAUCCAAGCCCUUAACGAUGACAAAUCGGCUGCAUUGGUCAAGAGCCCUCAACAACCCUUCUUCGAGCUUCUGAGUUUCUGCAUGGAAGAUCCUACCGAUGAGGUUCGCCAGUCUGCAUAUGCGUUGUUGGGAGACUGCGCUCGAUACGUCUAUCCUCUACUACAGCAAUAUCUCCCGAAGAUUCUUCCUAUCUUGCUCAAGCAGCUUGAUAUGGACAGCGUGCUCGAUGAGGAUAUGGAUAGUGGAUUUGGCGUCGUGAACAACGCUUGCUGGUCAGUAGGCGAAAUCUCGAUGCAGCACAAAGAAAACAUGGGCCCUUGGGUUCAGGAGCUUCUCCAGCGCUUCGUUGAAAUCAUGACCAACCCUCGUGUUCCCAAGGCACUGAACGAAAAUGCCGCCAUGGCCCUAGGACGACUGGGUUUGCACAAUUCGGAACAACUUGGACCACACCUGUCGACCUUUGCUGAGGAAUGGAUCAGCAUCAUGAGCGAGGUCGAGGCAACAGAGGAGAAAGCAACAGCUUUCAAGGGAUUCUCCAUGAUCGUGGGACGUAACCCUCAGGCCAUGGAGAAGGAGUUACUCAACUACUUUACGGCCAUUGCCCGAUAUCGUGAUAUGAGCCUGAAGAGUCCUGUCAGGCAGGAGUUGCAUGAUAUCUUCCAGAAGGUUAUCGACAUUUACAAGCAAAUGAUUCCCGACUUUAGCAACUUUGUUGGUCAGUUGCAGCCACGAGACCGACAGGCUUUGGAGUCACACUACUCUCUGUCAUAG